GUGAUCACUGGAUUUUGACAGAAUGAGAAUGCUGGCAUUUUUCCUGGUUUGUGCGAUAAUUCGCCAGUAUGGAACAUUGGGGACUCCAAUGCAUGGAUUUGGGAGGACGGAUAUCCCAGGACAUACACCUGCUAAGGUACAAGAGGGGCACUCUGUGGUGAUGAGAAGCAAGGCUGUCAGUCCGAAUUUACCUGAAGAUGCUAACAUUUGUUACCUUUUGAAAGAGGGUGAUGAAGACCAGCGACAAAUGAUCUGCAAACAUCGUUUAACUCGGACCAGCAAAUUCAACUUCAACCCAUUUGGGCUCCGAUUUGGAAAGCGCGACAAAUUUAACCCAUCCAAGGCCAACCUCAUAAGAUCCAGGACAAGCAAACUGUUGCCUAUUCUACUCUACCUCCGAGAACUAGAAGUUCCUGCCUAA